UUCAUCUGCCUCACGUGCAAGUUCACACCCAUACAAGGAGGCUGAUGUCACUCAGCCAUAUCAGUGUUUUGCAUAAACACAUGCAAAUAUAACAAUAAUCGGUCUCAUUGCUGUCUCACAUAUGCAUUACGCUUUAUAGUGAAAGUUUGGGUAGGUGGUCAGCCUGAAAACGCACUGAUUCAUACAGUGAAAGUUGAAUGCUCCCUCCUCCACUGCUCUGCUUCACGCUCAUUGAGUUACAUACAUUUACACUAAGAGCUGUCUUGUCCAGACUUCCGCUGGGAUCCCCCGAGCAGCUCUGCCGGAGCAGCGGGGUUAAGUGCCUUGCUCAGGGACAGCUCGAUGAGUCGGCUGACGGCUGUCUAAAGCGCAAACGGAGAGAGACAACCACACCCACAUCCUCCACUUCGCCCCCGUGGAAUCGAACCACCAACUUCCCCAGCCACGGUCACCGUGAUAGUCACACCGAAAACCAGGGAGACCCCCGUGUGCCCCUGUGUAACUUGGUUCUCCUUUAAAUUUUUCCUCCGUGGCUUUGGGUACUACAUCUGCCACUACCAUCAGCAGCAGCAGCGCUGCUUCUUCUUGAUGUUGUGGUCGGGAAUACGCAUGCGCCCGGCAUUGGAAUUACUGCACUGGCAAGAAUAAGUUGGACCUCGUCUGUCUUCACUAAAAGAAAAAUACACACAACAUAAGUAUGGCAGUGCUGAGAAUAAGAAGAAUGAGGUGCUUUUGCGUCUGGUUGUUCCCUCUCGUAGUGACCGCGGUGUGCGCCCAAAGUGCCGGUGUCAAUGACCCUAGCAAUAUGUCUUUGGUUAAAGAAACGGUGGAUAGGCUGUUGAAAGGUUAUGAUAUACGAUUGAGGCCAGAUUUCGGAGGUCCUCCGGUUGGAGUGGGGAUGAAUAUAGACAUAGCCAGCAUAGACAUGGUAUCAGAAGUCAAUAUGGACUACACUUUGACGAUGUACUUCCAGCAGGCCUGGCGAGACAAACGGCUGUCCUACUCCGAGAUCCCCCUCAACCUGACCUUAGAUAACCGGGUGGCUGACCAGCUCUGGGUCCCCGACACCUACUUCCUCAACGACAAGAAAUCAUUUGUCCACGGAGUCACAGUGAAAAACAGAAUGAUCCGACUGCACCCGGACGGCACCGUACUGUACGGUCUAAGGAUCACUACCACCGCCGCUUGUAUGAUGGACCUGAGAAGGUACCCACUGGAUGAGCAAAACUGCACACUGGAGAUAGAGAGCUAUGGCUACACUACAGAUGACAUUGAGUUCUACUGGCGAGGAGGAGACAACGCCGUGACGGGGGUGGACAAGAUCGAACUGCCCCAGUUCUCCAUUGUGGAUCAUAAGCUCAUCUCAAAGAAUGUCGUGUUCUCCACAGGUGCUUACCCUCGUCUGUCCCUUAGUUUUAAGCUGAAGAGAAACAUCGGGUACUUCAUCCUGCAGACAUACAUGCCUUCUAUACUUAUCACCAUCCUGUCCUGGGUCUCCUUCUGGAUCAACUACGACGCCUCUGCUGCCAGGGUGGCUCUGGGUAUCACUACGGUGCUCACCAUGACUACCAUUAACACCCACCUGAGAGAAACCCUCCCCAAAAUCCCGUACGUCAAGGCCAUAGACAUGUACCUUAUGGGCUGCUUCGUCUUUGUGUUCCUGGCUCUGCUGGAGUAUGCGCUGGUAAACUACAUCUUCUUUGGACGGGGCCCUCAGCGUCAGAAAAAAGCAGCUGAGAAACUAACUACAGCCAACAACGAAAAGAUGAGGAUGGAUCCGAACAAGUGGCUGGUGGGGAAUGUAGUUGGCAGAGACGAUACUCUGUAUGCAAGAAUGAAACAAAGGGAUCUCGAUGGUCAUGACUCCAUGUGGGAACCAAUCUUUGUAGAUGACGCAGCUAUUGGACUCGGCGAUCAAAAGAAUAAGAUGGACCCUCAUGAAAACAUCCUUUUGGGCACCCUGGACAUCAAAAACGACAUGGGCGUUUCAGAGCUCGCUCUGGGUCUCAACGACCCACGCAAUACCAUGCUGACAUACGACAGUUCGACUCUACAGUACCGCAAAGCUGGACUGGCCAGGCACAACUUUGGCCGAAACACGCUGGAGUGCCACAUGACUCAAAAGAAGAGCCGACUACGGAGGCGCGCUUCACAGCUAAAGAUCAACAUCCCAGACUUGACUGAUGUAAACUCUAUUGACAAAUGGUCGAGGAUGAUCUUCCCAACCGUCUUCUCCUUCUUCAACGUUGUUUACUGGCUUUAUUACGUCAACUAAAAGAAACAAAGGACAUCAGCGAGGGCGAGAACAAACAGCAAAAUGUGUUGCUCAUUUGUUGUUUGUAUCUGGUUUGUUUCAUUUUUAUGUGAUCUUGUAAAACUGGACUGAAUGACUAUAUUCAGGACUGGAUCCAUCAUAUCUUGGAAUACCACAUUUGCUGGCUAACACGAAAAAACCUUAUAAAAGAGAGAUUACAAACAUAUAAGGUGCCUGUUCCCGAGUAAUUGUUUAAAAUUUUACAUAUUUUGUGAUUUGUGUAUCUUGCCAUUUUUUUAAUGUUUGCAUAGUUUUUUUAUGUCUUUGUUAUGUUGGAUUUAAAGCAUACACAAUUCAUUGCCAAAAUAUCAUGUUAGUUAAAUACUAAUUGACAAGUUGACAUAUUUAAAUGACCAUUUACUUUCACUGACACUACUUAAAAAGUGCUGAAGUGAGUUUAAAGUCAGCAGGAUUUUUUUAAGAUUCAUUGUAUCAAAGACACGAAAUGUAUUACUAGAAUUAAUUUCAUACUUACAAGGGCCUGAAGCUUACAAUUUACAAUAUCAUGUAAGGUAAAAAAAAAAAUUAAAAUCAACUUUUUUUUUCUUUAAUAUACUUGGAGCACUAUAUAAUUUAUUUGUAAGCAUUUUCUCAGUUCAUGAACUAUUUUAAUAGGGCGGCAUUAACUAAUAUCAACUAAGAGCAUUCCAAAACUUCCAGGUUUGAACUCUGAUUGCACUGAAGAAGCCUCCUGAAGGAAAAAAAUGGCAUAAUAUAAAGAAGGAUAAAGCUAAAACAGCCAAUUUGAAUUGUCAUUAUUGUGUUUUG